AGUGUCUUCCCAGACCUGUGAAGCACCAGCCUGGUGAAGAGCAGAGCCGAAGCCCCUGCCAGUCCAGCUGGGACACCCCUGCCGUGGUCUCCAGGGCAUCCAGGGGACAUGCUGCCCCAGCGCCCCCAGCUGCUAUUCCUAGCGGGCCUGCUUGCCCUCCAGUCCGCCCUGUCCCAGGAGUGCACCAAGUACAAGGUCAGCACCUGCCGGGACUGCAUCGAGUCGGGCCCCGGCUGUGCCUGGUGCCAGAAACUGAACUUCACAGGGCAAGGGGAGCCCGACUCCACUCGCUGUGACACACGGGCGCAGCUGCUGUCAAAGGGCUGCCCAGCUGAUGACAUCAUGGAACCCAAGAGCCUCGCUGAGACCCGGCAGAGCCAGGCGGGCAAACAGAAGCAGCUGUCCCCACAGGAAGUGACUCUCUACCUGAGACCAGGUCAGGCAGCUGCGUUCAACGUGACCUUCCAGAGGGCCAAGGGCUACCCCAUCGACCUGUACUAUCUGAUGGAUCUCUCCUACUCCAUGGUGGACGACCUCGCCAACGUCAAGAAGCUGGGAGGUGACCUGCUCCGGGCCCUCAAUGACAUCACCGAGUCGGGCCGCAUCGGUUUCGGGUCCUUCGUGGACAAGACUGUGCUCCCCUUCGUCAACACGCACCCCGAGAAGCUGAGGAACCCCUGCCCCAACAAAGAGAAGGAGUGCCAGCCCCCGUUCGCCUUCAGGCACGUGUUGAAGCUCACCGACAACUCCAAACAGUUCGAAACAGAAGUCGGGAAGCAGCUGAUCUCGGGGAACUUGGACGCCCCUGAGGGUGGGCUGGACGCCAUGAUGCAAGUGGCCGCGUGCCCGGAGGAAAUUGGCUGGCGCAAUGUCACCAGGCUGCUAGUGUUCGCCACAGACGAUGGGUUCCACUUUGCGGGCGAUGGAAAGCUGGGUGCCAUCCUCACCCCCAACGAUGGCCGCUGCCACCUGGAGGACAACCUGUACAAAAGCAGCAACGAAUUUGACUACCCAUCGGUGGGCCAGCUGGCACACAAACUGGCAGAAAGCAACAUCCAGCCCAUCUUCGCGGUAACCAAGAAGAUGGUGAAAACGUACGAGAAGCUGACAGAGAUCAUCCCCAAGUCUGCAGUCGGGGAGCUGUCUGAAGAUUCCAGGAACGUGGUGGAGCUUAUCAAGAGUGCCUACAAUAAACUGUCCUCCAGAGUAUUCCUGGAUCACAACACCCUCCCUGACACCCUGAAAGUCGCCUACGACUCCUUCUGCAGUAACGGGGUGUCACAGGUGGACCAGCCCAGAGGGGACUGCGACGGCGUCCAGAUAAAUGUCCCGAUCACCUUCCAGGUGAAGGUCACAGCCACCGAGUGCAUCCAGGAGCAGUCCUUCACCAUCCGGGCGCUGGGCUUCACGGACACAGUGACCGUGCGGGUCCUUCCCCUGUGCGAGUGCCAAUGCCGGGACGCCAGCAGGGACCGCAGCGUCUGCGGUGGCAGAGGCUCGAUGGAGUGCGGCGUCUGCAGGUGCGACGCCGGCUACAUCGGGAAGAACUGCGAGUGCCAGACGCACGGCCGGAGCAGCCAGGAGCUGGAGGGCAGCUGCCGCAAGGACAACAGCUCCAUCAUCUGCUCGGGGCUGGGGGACUGCGUCUGCGGGCAGUGCGUGUGCCACACGAGCGACGUGCCCAACAAGAAGAUCUACGGCCAGUUCUGCGAGUGCGACAACGUCAACUGCGAGCGCUACGACGGCCAAGUCUGCGGGGGCGACAAGAGGGGGCUCUGCUUCUGCGGCACCUGCAGGUGCAACGACCAGCAUGAGGGCUCGGCGUGCCAGUGCCUCAAGUCCACUCAGGGCUGCCUCAACCUGGACGGCGUCGAGUGCAGCGGCCGCGGCCGAUGCCGCUGCAACGUGUGCCAGUGCGACCCCGGCUACCAGCCGCCCCUGUGCAGCGAGUGCCCGGGCUGCCCCGUGCCCUGCGCGGGCUUCGCCCCCUGCACCGAGUGCCUGAAGUUCGACAAGGGCCCCUUCGCCAAGAACUGCAGCGCAGCGUGCGGGCAGACGAAGCUGCUGUCCAGCCCGGUGCCCGGCCGCAAGUGCAAGGAGCGCGACUCCGAGGGCUGCUGGAUGACCUACACCCUGGUGCAGCGCGACGGGCGGAACAGAUACGAUGUGCACGUGGACGACAUGCUCGAGUGUGUGAAGGGCCCCAACAUCGCUGCCAUUGUGGGGGGCACCGUGGGGGGAGUUGUGCUCGUCGGCAUCCUCCUGCUGGCCAUCUGGAAGGCCCUGACACACCUGAGCGACCUCAGGGAGUACCAUCGCUUCGAGAAGGAGAAGCUCAAGUCCCAGUGGAACAACGAUAACCCUCUUUUCAAGAGUGCCACCACGACAGUCAUGAACCCUAAGUUUGCCGAGAGUUAGGGGUGCCUGGUGAAGACAAGGCCUUCUGCACCACCCAGACGGGAACAUGCCCUCUCCUCGUCCCCUCCAGCAGGCUGACCGUGACCCUGCUGCUUAGUGGACGCAGCUGAUGAUGCUUGACAAGUUCACUGUUAACCAAAAAUGCACUGCUUUUCCUGCCCAGCAUGAUGGGCGUGGCCAGAUUAUCCUAUGGGCUCAGGGUAAGGGUCAGCUUCCCCCUUCUGAUGUGAAUGACUUUUGAUAGCAAGUCAGAGAAGGAAUUGCCUGCAUUUUGUAUGGUUACACACAGGUCCUUUGUAAAAAUUAGCACAGCAAUCUGAUGAAGAAUUAUUUAUGUGUGAACUUCUCAGGGUAUGAAGUUACAUCCCCUUGGUUAUGC